UAAAUCCCAUAAAAACAGUGAGGCCAUUGCCUCCUCCUCUUCUCAGUUAUCACUCACUUCACUUUCACUCUGUUUUCUCAUCCCCAAAAGUAAAAGUUUCAUUGGAAACCCCAUAGAGGAGGGUUCUUUUGUAGCCUUUCGGUGCUUAAAUUCAACCACUUUCCUUCUCUUUAUCUUUCUCUCUCUUUUUUCUGAUAACUUGGGGCAAUAUAACCCAGUUCAGUUGUCCCUCUGCUUCAGUCUGCAUUAAUUCAUCUGAUCCUCCAAUGCUGGAAUCUCUCAGAUAUGCCCAAAGCUCAGACAAAAUGAAAAGGCUAAAGCUGCUUUUUCUGACUUCUUAUUCCCACAAUUCAAAUUCCUUCCCACUUUUCCUUUCAUUUGACUCCAAAUCUGCUGACAGUCAAUGCCAUUCUGGGUUGUCUGGUGGAUUUUAAAGCCUUCUUCAGGUUCAUCUUGAGUUUCAAACAGUGGUCGGUAACUUGGUUGGAGCAAUUUCUUUCAGAAAUAUACUAGUCUUUAUGAAAAAGCACUGCUAGCAGCAACUAUGGCCAUCGAGGUGUGCUCGGAGAUUUCUAGCCCUGGAUUUAGUCCAAGAAUUUCAUUUUCUCAUGAUCUAGACAAGACAUGUCCUGUGGCAAAAGAAGGGCAACGAUUAGACUCUUCGCUCUUGGAUUCAAGCUCAGAUUUCGACUUCUGCAUUGUCAAUAACCUUAAACUAGAGUUGUCUUCUGCAGAUGAGCUUUUCUCCAAUGGGAAGAUUCUUCCAGUCCAAAUCAAGAGAAAUCCCAUUGCCAUUGCCACCAAAGAAACCCAUCAGCCUGAUGAGGCUGUUAAUCCUCCACCUGCUCAGCAUCGUUCAACAACUAGGAACACAACAGAGAAGAAGAGGUUGAAAGAAUUCUUAGACACCAACGUUGAUGCAGAUGAAGAUGAAGAUGAGAAGCCUCCAACAAAGCCUUUCUGGCAGUUCAGGCGAAGUAGCAGCCUCAAUUGUGACACUGCUCGCGGCAAGAGCUUAAUUCGGUCAUUACAAUUUCUUUCAAGAAGCAAUUCAACCGGGUCAGCUCCAAAUGCAAAGCAGACAGUGGCUCCAAAGGAAACCCAUCAGAAGCAGCAUUUGCAGAAACAACCAUCUAUUUCAAGCAGAAGAUCAUCUGCAUCAUCAUAUUCAAGUACAUAUUAUGCUUAUAAUAAUUCAUGCCCGCAAAAGCCUUCGUUAAGGAAGAGUGGAUCUUAUGGCAAUGGGGUUAGAAUUAGUCCUGUUCUGAAUCUCCCACCACCAUACAUUUCCAAAGUGACAGUAAGUUUUUUUGGGUUUGGUUCUCUCUUCUGUAAUGGUAAGUUAAAAAAGAAGAAGAAAUGAUGGGUUCAGGUCAGUUUCCUUCAUGAGUGAGUGGAUGAAUCUUCCAAGUACAGAUGAAUUUAGCUGUCUGCCAUCUUGUAUUAUUAACUAGCAUGUGAUCAUACUCUGUAAAAUGAAGAAAAAUUUUAGUGAUAAGAAAUGUCAAGAAUCUUAUUAUUA